UUGUUUGUUACACUUUAUUUCAUAGGUGCUCAGUACGACUUUGGCUUUGAGGGAGGUUUUAACGAAGGGCCAUCUUCGUGUAAAAACACUCAGUUCUGGAAUGGAGAAGCCUGUGUAGCACAUCUAUCAUAUGGAAAGGAGUGUGCCUUGGCCGCCUACAAAGGUCACGUGUGUGGAGCGACCCUGCGGUGUAAAAAGAAGUGUGUCUGUUCCCCUGGAUAUUUCUGGAAUGGAAAAAUUUGUCACAAGUUUUUAGGAAAUGGCGGUAAAUGUACCGGCUAUAUCGGGUACAAGGGACGAGUGUGUGGUGGUAAUCUCCGAUGUCUGAAGGGAAAGUGUGGAUGUAAAUCUCCACUGAUCUUCAAAGGCGGCAAAUGUGUAACAAGGCCUAAACUUCCUCCAUCAUAUGAAGCUGGGGGAUUUGGGGGUGGCAGCGCCUAUGGCGGCGGGGGACAUCAUGCUGGGUAUGGUGCUCCUCCAAAAUACAGCAGUUUUGGUUACGCGGCAGCCAAGGUGCGCGCUGGAGGAUGUCCUUAUGGUUGGAGUCCGUAUCAUGGAAGCUGUUAUUACUUCAGUCGAGACAAGCUGUCGUGGUGGCAAGCUGAGAUGAAAUGUGCUAGCCAAGGAGGGUAUCUCGUUAUCGUGGAUGCAGCUCAUGAAAACUCCUUCAUUCGUCGUUAUUUGGCUGAAUACAGAGUAACCGGUGGAGCUUGGUUUGGUCUGAACGAUUGUCUGUUCCCAAACAAACACCGAUGGAUCUGGGGAUUUAGCAAGAAGAGGUGUCAUAAGUUUGACUGGUAUGGACAGGAACCAGUUUAUCAUGCCAAAGGAGACUGGAAUUGUGGUGCAUUCUGGGAAAGUUAUCAGUAUCACUGGCAUGUUGAUAGCUGUGCUCAGAGGAACUACUAUGUCUGCGAAAUGAAACUGGGAAAACCAUGCAGAUGCCAGUACUAAAUACCUCAAAAGACGUAAAAUCAAUGGGUAGUCAUAAAAUUGCCAUUCAGUAAAAU